AUGUCAUCUCAAGGCCGACAGCUGAGUUCACUAGCACCAAUUACCCAGUCAAAGCAAUCUCCGAAGAACCCCAAUAUCUCUUCCCCAGCCUCCCUCCUCUGGGCCCAUCAGCUUCAUCGUGAACAGAACGCACUCUCCACCCAGAUAAUAGAACUGGAAGCCUUAUUGAAGUCUUCCAUCGUGGCAAUCAAUGACUCUGUUCUGGCUAAACUAGACGCGUUCACGGGGCAAAUUGAUCAUCUCAGAAGCGAGGUUGAGCAAUUGAGACGUGACGGGGCUGCAGAGGCUGAAAAGAUGGUGAGGUCAGUGGAGGAUAAGUUGAGUGAGAAACUCAGUGUUAUUGACGAGAGAUUGAGCACCGCUUUCGCUAGAGACUAUGAGAUGACGAGUGAGAUGGUUCGAGAGGAAAUUGGAAGGUUUAGGGAUGAGGUUGUUGAAGCCUUCAAGGCAGCUGUUGCUGAAUCAAGACAGCAGCAGCACCAGGUUGAUGUCCUGCAACCGAGGCAGAGGGCAUUGCCUCCGGGUUUACAGGAACAAACGAGCCUAAAUCCUGAAAUGGAGCAGUCUACAUUGAUAGAGCCAAACCCUCUGCCUCAACAUGAAACACAGCCAGUCAUUGUUUGGAAGGACAAUGUACAGCCAUUAUCAACAGUCCCCGGUGUCCCAAUAGAAAAACCGCUAGCUGAGCCCAGGAACGCAGUUAAUAUCGAUAUUGACACAAGAAGUACCGACCGCCUAGAAUACACAGUGGCCAAUGAUACCCAUCCGGGCCCUCCUGAGUUAAUUAUGCAGGGGCCGAUUGCGCUAUCAGACUUUCUUGAACUGGGCCCGGCAUAUAUAACCCUGGGGUAUGAUGAGAAGCAAGUAACCAUGGCUCUGUGGAAAGGGUUAAAUGAUCCGCUCCUGCGAAGGCUGGUUGCCAAAGAAAUGCCUGAAGAGUUUGACCGUUGGACAUGCACCAAGUUCAAGGAAGUGGUUGGACGAUUGAACAGACACAAAGAAGGUAUAGAUAAAGAAGCGGAAAUGGUAGCCGUAAAGCCAACGGAGGGAAGGAAGAAAAAGAGGCGGCGAGUGAUUUCGGUCGUUUGGCCAACAGAUGAAGAGAGCUGCUAG